UGCCAUAGGCGGGGUUUAGGCCAAAAUCUUUGUAGGAGCAGCGCCUAUUGCUGUAGUCUUCACCGUCACGGCCGGCGCUUCUUCUUGGAUUCAUUCAUUCGUCUUUUUCAUUCGCGAAGGUAGUGAGGCCCGGUUGAAAGCCAUGGAGACAGCUCUGCCUGCAGCGGGCUUCCUGUACUGGGUGGGCGCGAGCACCGUGGCCUACCUGGCUCUGCGCAUCUCGUGCUGGUUCUUCACGGCCCUUCGGGUCUGGGGUUUGGGUCACGAGGCGGGGGUCGGCCCGUGGCUCGGUGAAUGGGCAGUUGUCACAGGUGGUACUGAUGGAAUUGGAAAAUCAUAUGCAGAAGAGUUAGCAAAGCGUGGCAUGAAGAUUGUCCUUAUCAGCAGAUCCCAGGACAAACUGGACCAGGUUUCCAGUGAAAUAAGUGAAAAAUUCAAAGUGGAAACAAAGACCAUUGCUGUUGACUUUACAUCAGAAGAUAUUUAUGAUAAAAUUAAAGCAAGCUUGGCAGGUCUUAAUAUUGGUGUUUUAGUGAACAAUGUGGGAAUGUCAUACGAAUAUCCAGAAUACUUUUUGGACAUUCCUGACUUGGACAAUACCAUCAAGAAACUGAUAACGGUCAAUGCUCUUUCUGUUUGUAAGAUGACACGGUUGGUACUGCCUGGCAUGGUAGAAAGAUCUAAAGGGGCAAUUCUGAACAUCUCCUCUGCCAGUGGCAUGUACCCAGUUCCACUGCUGACCAUCUACUCUGCAACCAAGGCUUUUGUAGAUUUCUUCUCUCAGUGCCUCCAUGAGGAAUAUAAGAGCAAGGGCAUCAUUGUGCAGAGUGUCCUGCCCUACUAUGUCGCCACAAAACUGGCUAAAAUUAAAAGGCCAACUUGGGACAAGCCCUCUCCAGAGACGUUUGUGAAGUCUGCAAUGAAAACCAUCGGCGUGCAAUCUCGAACCAACGGAUACCCGAUCCAUUCUCUUAUGGCCUCAGUAAGCGCAAGCCUGCCUUCCUGGCUGUAUUUCAAAAUCACCAUGUAUUCAGGCAACUCCAUACGGGUUCGCUAUCUGAAGAAAAUGAAGAAGAACUAAGCAUUGAUAACUGCAUUGAGUAACUUGGCCAGAUGCUGCAGCCUAGGCAUGUUCACAGCAAGGCACGCACCAUCUCCAAAUCUUCGGUUGUCAUGUUAACAGUUACUGAUAAAGUUAAAUGUUGUCAUAAUUGGAAGGAAAGCAGAAGUUGCUCUCGGGAGUUCCUGACAUGUAUUCUGGAUGCUACUAAGAGCAAUUCGAAAUUUAACAUUAAAAGCUCAUAUAAAAUGGCUAUAAAACUUACAUUAGCAAGACCUGCUUAACAGGAAGGAACAUGAUGACAGCAAAUCACAGAACGAGAGUGUCAGACAUAAGGCUUCAGAGCUUCAUCUGGUCCACCUGCCAGUGAUAGCUAUCCUUGUAUUUUCUCUGAAACAUACUCUAAAAAAUAAUAACCUGCUACCCCCCCUUUUUUAAAUUUUUUAAGAGAUUUUUUAUUUUUUUGCUUUUAAUACUUUGAAGGAGUGGAGAUUAAUUUAUUCACUCAUGGUAGGACACACUGCAAUUUGCAUAGCUCUCUGUUAAGGUUUUCUAAAAGUAUGUCUCAGAUCACACAUUUAUAUGGAACUUGUCUUUCUCAAGGGGUAGCUGAUGACGUAAACAUGAUGAAAUAUGAAGUUAUUUUUGACUCAUGAAGCCCACUGAAAUAUGCUUUCCUCUCAUACAUAUUUCUUCUCAGUUUAAAUGUAUGCUUUAUGGUGUGGUUUAUAAAGGUAAACAGGCUAAAAUGUACACUGAGAGGCCAAAAUGUACAUCCAGUGCCACCCAGGAAGGUGGCUUCUUUGGACCCCCGCUUCUUUGCUUUUGCAUUGUACCAGUAGUGCUCACAUGUGUGACAAUAGGCUACUCCUCAAACAAUAAUGACAUUAGAGAAGCUGCAUUACAAUUUUAAAUUGGUACCCUAUAUAGCUAACUUUAAUAAAAGAUGAAUAUAACCAUG